CGAAUGUACUCUGGUGCCGUUAGGACAUGCGUGCAUACCACAAGUCGCAGUUCAUCUGCUCUCUACAACCGAACUCGUGAGUGAAAUUCAUCAAAUCAUUACAAAAAUGCAUGACGUCUUGCUUGAACAAUUUUCCAACGGUUUGUCGUGUCUAUAUAUUUUUUUCACCAACUGCCAACUACAGGAAAAGUUUUCCAAUCUCAAUAACUACAACGGUGAAUUAUGUAAUGUCAUCACAGAAGGCAGGCCUGCGUAAUGUUGAAUGGCCUGGCUGGCCACAUCAUAAGUUGCGUUCUGUUGGCCGGCUUGGUACAUCAAAGCUCCUCUGCACCCAGCAAUAACAGCAGCAGUGGCAGCAGCAGCAGCAGUAGCAAUAAAACCCGUGAGCGUGAGGACCUGUCUAACGAAACAUCUGACGACUCUGACCCUGGACUGACCUGCUAUACGUGUGUGAAUGUAUCCGAUAACUCCAUGUGCAAUCAAUUUGCCAUCGACCAUCCAUGCCCAAAAGGUCACAACUUUUGCCACACCCUACAUAUCAUGGACUCGAGAGGAGCCAGCGUUAUAGUCAAUAAGAAAUGCUCAGACAGCACUGAAUGCUGGCCGCAUAGCGUUGGCUGCAUGCACAUCGAUACUCAGACUGUGUGCGUCUCUUGCUGCGACGAAAUGUACUGCAACGUGACAGUGCCCACCAACCAGUCAACUGCAAUUUACUCAAGACGACGCACUCGUCCAAGGCCCACUCGACCCCCCUCGGAUCACAGCCUCGGCUCACCUUCACCCCACCCACUCACAUGGAUUUGGCUUCCUCUCGGAGCCAUGGUGCUAUUUUGAACCUGUGCAAAAAACGUUCACAUAUUACGAUGCAUAUUAUUCAAAACUGUAAUGAUUCAUCUCAUUAUGAAAUGAGUGUUGUUGAACUCUCGUCGGGGUACUGCGUGUCUACAAAUAACGAAACAUGAUUGUCAUUAAAUAAUGUAAAACUAUACAAGAUACAGACGACUAUUUUCUUACUUACGUUAUUGAAUUAACGUGGAUUAUCUCAGUAUUAAAUGAUUCGAUUCUUUAUCAUCAUUAUAUAUUAUCCUUGUGAAUUUGAUGAGUAACUGGAUUAAAUGAUUUCUAUGCGAACAUAAAAA